UUUGUAGGAGUGUUUACACAGCUCAGCUCAGGGCGGCGCGCAGCCGCGCAAACCCCGGCUGGAAGUGUGCUGUAGUCUGUGGGCCAGUCUUCCUGUUCCGUGAGACCGUCAUGGAGCUCGCAUUAGAGCGGCACUGCUCGGAGCUGGUGGCCCAGGAGAGGAGCGGACACACGGCUGUGGUGCUGGACAACCUUCUGUAUGUGUGGGGAGGAUACACGUCUGUUGGAAAUGAGGAGGUUUUCCUUCCCAACGAUGAAAUCUGGGUGUAUGACUUAGAACGUGGUGUCUGGGAGGUGUUUCACGUGACAGGUCAAGUCCCUUCCUCCAUGUCUGGAAGCUGCGGCAGUUCGCUGAAUGGAAACAUGUACAUAUUUGGAGGUUGUGACGACAAUGGACAAACCAAUCAGAUGUACUGUGUUGACCUCACAGACGGGAAAUAUAUGUGGAAGAAAAUAGUGGAAAAGUUUGGUUUGGCUCCUUCGCCUCGAGACAAACUGUCCUGUUGGGUUUACAAUGGAAAGCUGAUCUACUUCGGAGGAUACGGCCACAAAGAACUGAGUGAAAUAAACAGCCGGAACAGAAGCUUCAUUCGUGAUGGCACAUCAUGGGAGGAUAUGUUUUGUGGUUGGAACAAUGAAGUUCAUAUAUUUGACCCAGUUCAAGUCAGCUGGAGUGAACCACAAACUCAUGGUCGUCCUCCUGCACCGAGAGCAGCACAYGCCAGCGCCACACUCGGAUGCAAAGGAUACAUCUGUGGAGGCAGAGUGAAGGAAACCAGGACGAGUGACAUUCACUGUCUGGAUCUUGAGUCUUGGACAUGGUCAGAAAUAAAUCCUUCAUCUGUGGUUCCAGUGGGCAGAUCGUGGCACACGCUCACAGCCAUGUCAGACACCACCAUGUUCCUGUUCGGGGGUCUGAGUGUAAACUGUAAACCGAUGAGCGACGCCUGGUUGUUUGAUGUURAAACAAAGAAAUGGAGAGAGUUAGAGCAUCCCUUUAAGCAUAAGCCGAGGUUGUGGCAUACAGCCUGCGCGAGUACAGACUCAGAUGUGAUUGUGUUUGGUGGUAGCUGUGACUACAUUCUCCUCAUUGACACUGGCCACUGCAAUGAAGCACUUGUUUUCCAGACACAACCGUACCCUUUGUUCAGGAUUUGUGAGGAUUACUUUGCCAAGAAUGUGAGAAACUCCGAGAAGCUCCGAAAUCAGCUUCGUUUUCUACCUCCCAAACUUCUCACGGCCCUGCAGAGGAGAAUAUCUUUCUAYAGGCCUUCAAAGAAGCAAAAUAUCAGUUAAAUAACAUCUAAAACGGUGACAAAAAAGUGCCAUAUUUUACUACUUCUAACUAGGAUUUGACCAUUUUAAUUUGUAAAAUUCACUGAGCAGAUUAUUUUGUGGUGUUUCUAUUUUAUUGUUUUACAAAAAUACAUUUUAUUUUGUAAAGUCUGCCUACCAGAACUGUAACAAAGUAUUAGUAUAAGAUGUGAUACGAAUAAAUAAGCUGCUGGAAAA